GGUGAAUAGGCCAAGCGAAGCGAGCGGAGGAGAUGCACGGGAUUUGUACUCUGUUGAAAUAAUACGUCAUCUCAUAUUCUUUAGUGAUUUCAAUUAAUUGUUAAUAAUUUGGAUUACUAUACCGUUACAUAAUAAAACAAUAAAAUGCCGGCGGCGCGAGGCGUUAAACGGACAGCGUCAAAGUCUUCUGCUACUCCGGCACCAGCAGGACCGAAAAAUAAGAAAAAACGUGGAGCUAUCCAGUUGGAGAUACCAUCUGCGCCCAAAAAGAGAGGUUGUGUGUUAACCUGUGGUCAAGGUGAUGUCGGACAAUUGGGAUUGGGUGAAGAUGUCAUUGAGACGACUAAAUUCAAGCAAGUGUCGUCACUGGGGAACAAGAUUGUGGACGUGCACGCGGGGGGCAUGCACACAGUGGCGCUAGACAGCGACGGAAAGGUUUGGACAUUUGGCUGCAACGAUGAAGGGGCUUUGGGCAGACCAACAUCCAACGAGAAAGAUGAGGGCACACCUAAAGCAGUAGAUCUACCGUUACCUGCCGUAGUCAUUAGUGCGGGUGACUCUCAUUCAGCAGCCCUACUAGAUAAUGGAGAUGUUUACGCUUGGGGAGCUUUCAGGGAUUCCCAUGGGAGUAUGGGAUUAGUCGUCCGUGGAAGGGAAGGCAAAGCUUGCAAAGAACCAGUCAAAGUAGACAUUGGUGAACAGGCGGUGGCAGUUGCAUCGGGAGGAGACCAUCUUGUUAUUUUAUCAACGUCAGGGUCAGUGUACACAAUGGGCUGUGGAGAGCAGGGACAGCUCGGCAGAUUGUCACAGAGAUCUGCAACCAGAGAUGCCAGACAGGGAUUCAGCGCGCUGCUGAGCCCGGCGCGCGUGUCGCUGCGCGGGGGCGCGGCCGCCGUGUGGGCCGGCCACCACGCCAGCUUCGCGCUGCAGCCCGCCGGCCGCAUGCUCGCCUGGGGACUCAACAACUACGGACAGCUCGGCAUAACGGGCGAGAAGCGCAGGACGGCGCUUUUCUCCCCGAAAGAGUGUGAUGCCUUCGACGAGCGAGUCUGGACCUGCGUCGCCAUCGGCCAGCACCACUCGCUGGCGCUGGACGAGGCGGGCGCCGCACACGCCGUGGGACGCUGCGACUACGGACGACUCGGAUUAGGCGACAGACCGGGCGACGCGGAAUCACUCGAGCCCAUACCCAAGUUGCAAAACAAGAAGUGCGUCAGUAUCGCAGCCGGCACGUGCAGCUCGUUCGCGGUCACGGACACAGGCGAGGCGUACGCGUGGGGCAUGGGCAGCGAGGGGCAGCUGGGCACGGGCGCGCGCGCCGACUGCGCCGAGCCCGCGCGCGCGCUGCAGCCGCGCCCCGCGCUGCGCGUGGCGGCCGGCGGCCAGCACGCCGUGCUGCUCGUGGAGGACCCUACAGCCCAAAAGGAGGCGUCACCGGCCCCCGAGAUGGAAACGGAAGAAGAGACGGUCGAGCCCGUAGAGGAGGAGAAGAAGCGGCCGACGAAACGGCCGAAAAAACAAGAACAGGAUGAAGAGAUAUCCUCUACGUCGAGUGCACAGCCAGCUGACGUCGAUCGAGCUGAUGAUAAACCAGAAAAGGUGAACGGAAACGAGAAAAAAGAAACAGACACAGAAACCGAAACGGCAAUGGAAGUUGAUGACACUGACAAAGCACAGGAAAACGACAAAGAAGACAAACAGACGGACGAACAAAAAGACACGGAACACACGGAAUCCGAGAAAGACUCCAAAGCGGAUACCAUGGACACGUCCAGCCAGGACACGGAGAGCGACAAGGACGCCGACGUGAAAGUAGAGACGCCGGUGCAGCCCCCGGCCGCCGCCCCGCAGCCCGCCGCGCAGCCCCAGGCCGCCAGCGAAGCGCCCGCCGCACUCAACGGAGCCGACGCGUGAUGCUAGCUUACACUUUUUGUUUAUUUUAAUUCAAUGCGGGACCGUGGUUGAACUUGGACGCUGCGAUCGUACGUUUGGAAUGGUGUCGUAGGUACAAGCGGUCGAUCGUUUUGCUGUUAUUUUGCAAAAUGAUCAUAAGUAAGACUUGAAUCAGUGGAAAUUGCACAAAAUUAACAAAAACUUAGCCUUAUUUCAACUAUCUACAAUGUUACUUGUGCCUACAUACAACUGCUAAUGUAUGCUACAUUUGUAUGUUUCCAUGUUACUAUUUAAAGCUUCAUAUAUCAUAUAUAUAAGAAAAGCAAGUCCACUUGUAUUUUUUGACUUCAUCAUACGAAACUGUUUCAAAUCUUUAUUAUCCAAGUUCUAAAAUUGACUGACGAUCAUCUAAUAUUACAGUCAAAAUGUGUAUAUCAAAGUGAUUGUUAUAAAUAUUAAGUUUUGGCUGUAAAACCACGGUCGCUGAGACGUAGUCACAGAAUGUAAUCAACAGCGAUUUGACGAUUAUAAUUCAUGGACGGAUGACAUUGUUCAUUUUCAAUGAUAUAGUCUUCUGGGAAUUUUAUAGAUAUAAUAACGGAGUCCAUAUUUUCGUUUUUAAUAUAAGUAUUAUAUCGUAAUAUUUAGAAUGGAGAAAUAUUAAUAUUUAAUGAAAGCUUAAGCAGGUUAUGUAUAUUGUUAUCUGUAUGUAGUCGGUUAAAACAGGGUAUAGUGCAUUAUUUAUUAUAAUUUUAAAUAGUUCUUGUUACAUAACCGAGAGGUAUCAUUACUCAUGUAGAGCUGCAAGUCAUGCUUUUAACGCUUCACAGCUAGACGUAGGUCGGUCCCGAUCAUCACUGACCGCUCUCUCAAAUUCUUAAAGUACAUAAGUAUGUAGUAUAUUAACAUCUAAAAAUAUUUAACGACAAAUUAAUAACGAAUUGGAAUUGUGAGUAGAAAACUUGGAUCCUCUUUUACAUUAUUUGCCCAAUAAUGGCUUUUCAGAUUUAUGUAUAAUGCCAUAUAUAUUUUGUAUGUAAAUUACGACUGCCAAUGUUUCAGUGUUGCCGUUUUUAAUGAUUGUUUUGAACUCGCAGAUGACAUAAACAGCAACGUUGGAUAGUUGUGCGACUAUGGUUGUGUUAAAGUACCUUCAUAUGAUUAUCUGAUAAAUUUAAUUAAUACGGCUUAACUUAUACAUAUUUGUAUUAUAAAGCAUAAACCUUGCAUGAUUGAAACCUCUGAUCUUGUUCAAAGACCGAUUUCAAAUCCUUUUACAUCAUUAAUCCAUUAGGAGUAUCUAUAAUAUUUAUUAAGCAUGCAAAAUUAAAAGCCACGGACAGUUAGUCUUUAAGUUAUACAACAUACCCAGUUUUAAUCGGCUUAUCAAAGAUAUUUAGCCGUAAGUAAACCCAUCGGACAAUGUCAUCUAAGUCCAAUAUGUUAGUAUCCCAUAAAGUAAUAUAUUGUUUUUUUUUUUAUAUUUAAUUAUAGUUUUAUACAUCAAAUUGUCUUAUUUUCAUAAAUUGUAUGUAUCUUAAGCAAGAAUCGGCAAAAAUACUUUAAAUAAUUAUUACACUGCACAAGAUAUUGUUGUUGAUCGUUCAAUGAAUUUGAUUUUUGUUUUUAAUUUGUUUAUAUUCGUUUUUUUUUUUUUUCUUUUCAUUUUAAACAUGAUUAUGACAUUUUAUGGUUAAGGUGAAAAUUUAAUCAAUUUUGUGAAAUUUUCGAUGAAAUUAAGACUGUUAAUAUAAUUGUAUCAGUAGUUUUAAUUCUUACAUUUAGAAUUAUAAUAUAUAUUUUUAUAUUUAGGCAUUAUUCUGCAUAGAUAUGUGAAAAAUUUCAAGUCUCGAAUUGUGUCAAAUUUUUUUAAAAGAUUUACAUGGAUAUGUAUAUUUAUAUUGAUAGGUCAAAAAUUUACUGAAUCGAUUUAAUCUUGACCGUUCGAAAGUCUAACUUUCGACGAUGUGAGGCGUUUAAGAUUUUUGAUAAUUUUUUGGGCUAAGACAAUGGAGGCGAGGAUUAUAGGCUAUUAUAUAUCUAUAUGGAAUAAUGUCUAAAUUAGAAACGCACACUUAGUUAACGAUACAAAUCGCAAGUUGCAAGACAGUUCAGUGACUACGUCGAGUAUAAGUUUGCGGUUACGAAGGUAAUCGACUUAGAAUCGAGCUAGACAUAUGGUUAUAAAUAAAUUAAUAUUAAGUGAAACGUCGUAUAACUAGGCCGGUGUUAAAUAUUCCGAUAAGUUGGUUUCGUUGAAUAAAGAAAAAAAAAAAGAUUUAUUUUAUAAAUAUUUUUUUUUGUGCAUGUUUCUAAAAAGUACAAACGUACGUAUUCUUUCACGACGCUCUAUUUCUUAAUUGUUAAAAUAAAUGAACUAUAAUGUAUUGUGUUUUCCUAAUAAAACUGUAGUGUA